CGAACGUGCAGAAGCGUAGACGGCGCAUAAUUCGCUUAUGGGAUAUUAUUAGGGGCUACAGUGGCCAUGAACGGAGCCUUGGGUGCUCGCAUUCUUGGGGCCCCGGCUGUGGCACAGCCAGGGCUCCACCGGAUAGCUGCCCCGCGCACAAUUGCCGUCUUUGCCAGGCGUGCUCGCAAGGUUGCUGAAGAGCAGGUGGAAGAUGCGCCAACUCCGGCGGCGGAGCUUGUCGCGCCUGAAGCAGCACCAACCACGAGGUCGCGCAAGCCAAAGACCACAGCCGCUGUUGAGGAGCAGCCGGGCGAAAACAACGAUGCUCCAGCUAAGCCUAAGCGUGCUAUCAGGGCCAAAGCGGAGAACGUCGGCGAGGAUGCCGAAGUCGUGGCGGAAGUUAAGCCGAAACGGGCCAGCCGGAAAAAGGCCUCAGAUGGUUCGGAGGUAUCUCCAGAAGGCAAUCCAAGCACUCCCGAGGCUUCAGCAGGCACUGUUGACUCCAAUUCCACUCCCGAAACGGCCGCACCUGCUAAGCCCAAGCGCGCAAGCCGAACAAAAUCCGCCACAGCUGAGUCCACAGAACAACAACCUACAUCUGAAUUGACCGGAGUCGGCGCUGGAGGCGAAAGCACUGCCGAUGCCGCAGCUGCCAAGCCCAAAGCCAAGCGCACCUCUACCAAAAAGUCAGCCAAGGAGCCUCUUGCUGUGGUGUCUACCCGCGGUCGCCGAGGGGCGGCUCAGGAAGACGAGGAGGAAGAAGAAGAGCCUCAGACGGCUGCUUCAAUUGCAGCCAAGCGCCGCGCAUCAGCCCGGCGGGGCGGCCGCAGCGGCCGGCCUGCAGGUCCGGUUGAGGACCCCCUGGAGCAGAGCUUGGCUGACGCCGUGCUGAAGCGCAGCGAGGCGGGGACAAUCUUGUCAGUGGACCGAGGCGCUCUGGGCAUGGGGCGCAGGCUGUGGUACGCAGUGGGGGUGACCCCCGGCAUGGAGAAGCUGUGGGCCACCCAGAUGCAGCAGCGGCUGGACAACACCGCACCGCCCAUGACGGACCUGGACACAGGCAAGCGGGUGCCUGCGGCCCAGCUGAUCAGCCUGUGGGUUCCGGAGCGCAAGAGCCACCAGGUGUCGCUGAAGAGCGGCAACAUCGUGUCACGCAAGGUGGUGUACAAGGAGGGCUGGGUGCUGCUGAAUGCGGUGCUGAGCGAGGAGGUGAUCCGGCUGGUGGAGGGCAGCUUCGGCUUCACGGCGUGGCGGGGGUUGGAGGAGAGGUACUAUGAUGAGGUGGGCUCCGUGCAGCUGAUCGUGCCGGUGUCGGAGGAGGCGGUGCAGGAGAUGCAGGUGUGGGAGGCCACGGAGGAGCCGGAGCCGGACGAGCAGCGCAAGCAGCAGCUCAUCCUGGAGGCGUACGGAGAUGCGGGCGGGGAGGCGCUGGGACAGAGUGAGCGCCUGGACGAGCGCGAGGGCGCCACGGAGCUGGACGAGCAGGGCCGCACCGUCUACCGCAACACCGACUACACCGGCGGGCGGGACAACCCGAGCAACUGGUACGAGGGAGGAGCAGCAGCAGGAGGAGCAGGGGCUAAGGAGGCAGCAGGGGAGGCAGCGGCAGCAGAAAAUGAGGUCCUGUCGUACGAUGCUCGCGGUACGGCCAUGGCCUUUGCUCCGGAACCGGAACCCCGGCGGAACAAGCGGGAGCCACGGAGUCAACAGAAGCAGCAGCAGCAAGGGCAAGGGCAAGGGCAGCAGCAGCCGUGGCAGCAGCAGCAGCCGCGGGAUCGGGAGUGGGGCCGGCAGGACCGCAGCUGGACGACCGGGCCAGCUGCACCGGUGGGGGCAGCAGCAGCUGGGAAGCAGGCGGGCCGCAGUUUCGCUGCCUCCGCCCCCGCCCCUGCCGCUCCUCCUCCUGACUUGGAGUUUGAGGACGAGGAGGACUGGGCGGCGCCACCUCAGCCUCGGUCGCAGCAGCGGCAACAGCAGCAGCAGCGGCAGCCCCCGGCCUCGAGCCGUGGGGAUCGGACGGGCGGCCUGGGUCGCAUUGACGGGCCAGAUGAUGGACUAGACAUGGACGCCUGGUUCAAGUCAUCCUCCUCGCCUGCCGCCGCCUCCUCCGCGCCCGCAGCGUCUUCACGACCUGCGGCAUCACCAGUAGCGGCAGCAGCAGCGGCGGCAUCCAAGAAGGCUCCGGAGCCGCCGGUGGGCAGCAGGAAGGGGCAGCAGUCAUGGCAAGCAGCAGGCAACCGGGAGGAGGAGUUUGGUGAGGAUGGGGGCGAUGACGAGUUUGGGAUCGGGGAUGCACUGGGCGGUGACUUUGACGACGAGGGGGGUUUCGGAGAGCGGGAGGAGGAGCUCCUGGAUGCUUUUGAGGAUGAGGAGGACGUGCUGGGCGGCGGUGCUGUUGGCAGCAAGUCGGGAGGCGUGUUGGGAGGGCGGCAGAGGCAGGCGUCGCCGAAGGGCGGACGGGAGGACGCAGACGGUCUGGGAGCUGACUUCGACGAGUUUGACUUUGACCUUGAAGGUGAUGACGAUGACGUGGAUGGCUUGGAUGGUGACCUGGGCGGCGGCUACACGCGGUUUGCCUCCACAGCUUCCCGGCAGCAGGGGCGAGGGCAGGGGCAGGGGCGAGGAGCAGCACCCGCAUCCGCAUUCGGCAGUGGCGCUCGGCAGCAGAAGGGUGCUGGCGGCAUGCGCCGUACCGGCGGUGGUUUCGCAGAUCUGGAUCCAGAUUUCGAGGAGGACAUGCUCGGAGCUCUCGACGACAUGGACUUUGGGGAGGAGGACGACGGCUUCGGGGGUCCCGCUCGCGGAAAGGGCAGUGGCGGACGCUACCUGGAUGAUGCGGAAGAUCUGGACUUUGGCGGAGGCCGGUUUGAGGACUGGGAUGCACCACCGGCGGCGGCGGCGGGAGGCAGCCGCCGCGCCGGCGCCGGCGCUGGCGGCCGCAGCAGCUACGGUGCCGCGGCGGGUGGAAAGCUGGGCGCCAGCGGAGAUGAGUUGUACGACAUGGAUGAUUGGGCGUACAGCGCUGACGACGUUGACGGCGGCGGCGGUGGUUUCGGAGGCGGCUUGGGAUCCGCGGAUCCCUUCGAUAUGGAACUAGACCCAUGGGCACGUGGCGGCGGCGGCGGCGGCGGUGGUUACAGCGGCCGCGGAGGCUACAACAAUAACAACAGCAGGGAUGGGUACGGCAGCCGCCAGUGGGGUGGUCGCGGUGCCGCCGGCGGCGGCCGCUCCGGAGGGUACCGAAGCGGUGGCGGCGGUGGCGGUAGGGGCUACGGCUCGGGUUCAGGUCCCAGCUACGACGACGCUGCUCGGACCUCCUCCGGCAAGCCCGCCGAGACCGACGCUGGCAAGCCCGGCGCCAGCCAGGGUGAGGGCAGCAGCCCCAGCAGCGGCAACACACCCAGCGGCGGUGACACCGACAGUACCGGCGCUGGCAGCGGCAGCAGCUGGCGGCAGGGCGGCGGCGGCGGCCGCGGUGGCGGCAGCAGCUGGGGCCAGCAGCAGGGCGGCUCCGGGUACGGCAACCGGGGCUAUCAGGGGGGAGGAGGUCGCGGGGGCGGUGGGUACGGCAACCAGGGUGGCGGCGGUUACGGGGGUCGUGGCGGCGGUUACGGG